AUGUCUUCAGCAUCGUCGAUGGGUUCGAACGACAGUUAUAUCCUACCUAGCACCACGUAUGACGGCCCUCGGUCGGUCAGAGUGUUUUGGCCUGAGAAAUAUGGAGCGAUUGAGCACACCACUGAAAGCGGUCCUCAACCUCUCGAGGAACCUGCACCUGCAGCGCAAGGAAAUCCUGUUUCCACACACGGAUACCUCGGCGCCGAAAAGCGCAACGAGGUUGUUUCAACCUACCAAGAACCUAGCCCAUCCUUCGAGGAACGGAAAAGCCGGAGGCGUCAGACUAUUGUGGAAGCAUGCUCCAAGGUCUAUGGAAUUGCCAAAGUGGUUUUGGAGAUCCAAAUGGCAGUUGGUGCAGUUAUCGAUAGUACUCCGACCGGGAUCAAAUUUUAUAUUGAUCGAGUAGAGAAUAUCAUGGCUCACAAGUCCUGUUCGAAGCUCCUGGGCGCAGUGGAAGAUCUCUACUAUGCGACUUAUGCGACACUCAACAUAGAGAUCAAAAACGUCGAACUUUGCGAGGGUUUCCAUUUCGAUAUCAGGAGCCUGGCCCCAAACAACAAAUUCAACGCCAAAGAAUGCUUGCCAGAACCAAGUCACUUAAGAUUAAUCUUCCAGGCAUGCAAAGAUUACCUGGCUUCUGACAACAUUCGGCAUCCUCUUCAUCGAGAGAUUAUUCGCCGGAAGCAAGCAGAAUAUGUUUACCAGACCGUGAAAAUGAGCAGACAAGCAGGCCAUGUUCCCGAAAACGAAGAGGCUUUCCGCCAGUACAUCCAGAAUAUGGUGACGAACCCAGAAUCACCAUAUUGCCGUCAAUGGACUGGACUUUGUCCAAUUUACGAUGCGGCUCCAGCCAUGGUCCUUGGAACGUUGUCCGAAAAGUAUCUCAGCGUUCUUGCCAAGGAAGAAAAAAGAGAGCAGAUAAAAUUCAAGAAGCAAACUGCGGAACGUCACAGCACCGAUUCGGCCCAUGAGGAAUGGAGGCACAUUACAUCCAACCGCGAAGCAGCUUACGCUAUGCUCCACGGAAUGCCGGUUGGAGAAUACCGAAGACAAGAAGGAAAAAUGGCACUCAGUGCCUAUGUCAAAGAAAAUCUAUGCAUCUGUUUCGGAUACUGCGAAUGCUCCCGCAGAUGCACGCUCAAAGGAGGCAGAAAAUGCCCCUGCAGUUCCCGGCUGAGUGUGAUCUGCGAUGCUCACAACGUGGACGAGAAAGAAUGCUUCAUCGAAAAAUGCGCGGAUAUUGCAGCAGCCGUUUUUGACCGUCUAUCAGCGGUUAGACGAGGCGCAAGCGUUUUCCAGAUGGCGACGGAGCUCGACAUGCGCCUUGAUCGUUUUCAUGAAGCGGUCGUUGAAUAUCGGCAACAAAGCGAAAAGGCAUCCUCCGACGAUGGAUCGAAGCGACGUUCGGAUUUUUAA